ACAUUUGUUAUCUCUUGCUCGCAAGGUGUCGUCGGUCGUCUGUGUCUGUUACGCACAUUGUUUCGUAUUGAAGACAUGUUGCGCGGCUACUUCGAUUUCACAGAUGCUCAAGUUCCUUGUCUCGGUUGUCAUUUAAGUCUGCAAUAUGAGGAACGAUAUCUGGAUCCACAUGCCAUCCUAUGCGAACCAGUUGAUUUAACCAGUUGUCGAGAGACUGCCAGUAAUACGCUAUUCACGUCGUUGCCGCUGAACGAGAAAGGUGAACCGCAAACUCUCUCGUUCUCCUUUGGAACCAAUGGUGCGCGCAUCACAACUUGGGCUGAACUUCAUCUGGCUUGUCUUUCCAAGCACUUACUUCCCUUCACAUUGCCCAUUCCAAUCAACGCAACUCCUCAGUUUUGCGCUCAAAAUGCAUCCUUGCUUAUUGACGGACGUUGGAGAUUACGUCUAGAAUUCAUCUUAUCUCCAGACACAGCGUGGUCUGCAUUAGGUUCGGGGCCACCCGGGUCUUCUUCAUACAACUCCGGUGAAAAUCCAGUUUCGGAUGAAUGGGCUCUAUCCAGUUAUUUGCGUACCGAAAAGUUGGCCUGGCAUCUACCCAUUCAGCUCGUUUCUUCCGAUCCAUCCAUAGUGUGCAUGCCACAGAAUACCAGCACAAUGCCAAUAAUUCUACCGGUUUAUUGA